AUUCCGUAUGAAUAGAAUGUAUUUAUUGUUUAUUCUCGCCUUGGGCGUCAUUGAUCUCAGUUGUGGUCAAGAGUGCCAGAAAGGUUUCUUUAUGAACCCGAAAAGACGAAAAUGUGAACUAAUACCGCCCACAAAACCGCCACCCAAAUGUCCUACUGGAUUAAUCUGGCUUCCUGCUAAGAAUGAGUGUGUCAGGCUACGUCAAAUUAUUAGUGGAUACUACCCACUAAACCAUGAGAACGCAACGCAAAGCUCAACUCCAUGUCCCACGGGCACCAGUUUGUUGGGGAAAAUAUGUGUAAAGGAGUCAGCGAAGAAACCAGGGGCCAAUGGUGAAGGUGAAUCGGAGAGUAAAUAUCAAGUACUCAUAAAAGAAAAGCCUUAACGAGUUUUAUGUAAUUGUUUUUAACUCAUUUUUUCUAUUUUGGGACAAGAAAAAUAAAAGUUACGAUUUAAUAAAAAUACCUAACCAGCAA